UUUGGUAUACAAUAUAAAUAUCAUUUGGACCACAUUGAAAUAUAAAAAAAGUUACCAAGCUAGGUAACCUCUCUUCACACACUACCAAAGCUUCUCCAAUGGCUACACUCUUUCACUACUCUAAUACAUUCUCUAUCUUUGUUACACUCGUGUUACUAGCUCUUCUCGUUCUCCGGCAACCCUCUGCGGCGGCGAGUUGUACAACUCCACCGGUGAUUUUUAACUUUGGAGAUUCUAAUUCAGAUACAGGAGGACUUGUUGCUGGACUUGGUUACCCUAUUGGCUUACCAAACGGACGGUUGUUUUUCCGACGAUCUACUGGUCGUUUGUCUGACGGACGUCUUCUCAUCGAUUUCCUCUGCCAGAGUUUGAAUACAAAUCUUUUGAGGCCAUACUUAGAUUCAUUAGGUGGAACAAAGUUUCAAAACGGUGCAAAUUUUGCAAUUGUUGGAUCCACUACUCUCCCUAAAAACGUCCCUUUCUCCCUCAGCAUUCAGCUAAUGCAGUUCAGCCAUUUCAAAUCCCGGUCACUCGAGCUCGCUUCUAGUUCAAAUUCAUUAAAGAGCAUGUACAUAAGUCAGGAUGGAUUCAGAAACGCAUUGUACAUGAUUGAUAUAGGACAAAACGAUAUUGCCCGUUCUUUCGCUAAAGGCAACUCGUAUUCUCAAACUGUUAUGCUGAUUCCACAAGUUAUUUCCGAGAUAAAAAGCGGCAUAAAGAGAUUGUAUGACGAAGGAGGAAGAAAAUUCUGGAUUCACAAUACUGGUCCAUUAGGUUGUCUACCUCAAAAACUUUCAAUGGUUAAAAGCAAAGAUCUCGACCAGCACGGUUGCUUAGCAAGUUACAACUCAGCAGCAAAAGUGUUUAACCAAAGAUUGGAUCAUAUGUGUAUGGAGCUAAGGAACCAACUUAAAGACGCUACAAUAGUCAAUGUCGACAUAUACACUAUCAAAUACAGUCUCAUUGCAAACUCCAACGAAUACGGUUUUGAGAGACCUUUAAUGGCUUGUUGUGGAUAUGGAGGGAGUCCAUAUAACUACAAUGUGAAGAUAACAUGUGGGCACAGAGGCUCUAAUGUAUGUGACAAAGGGUCUCGGUUCGUAAGCUGGGAUGGGAUUCAUUAUACUGAGACAGCUAAUGCUAUUGUGGCCAUGAAAGUUCUUUCUAUGCAUUACUCAAACCCACCAACUCCUUUUCAUUUCUUCUGCCGUCACUGAGGACAAAACUUUUGUCGAUUUGAAACAUUUUAUUUGGCAAGUUGUAUCAAGGUAUUAAAAUUGCAAGAACAAAGCAGGAAUGA